UGCUGUAGCACCUUCACAGCCUGAAACCACAUACUACAACUUCAACCAUCAUGUCGAGCAUACCAAAAGCAGUUCUUUAUUAUUCUUCAGAGUCUAUAUGGUCUUCUGCAGUUCUCCUCGCGUUAGAGGAGAAGGGAUACGGAGCGGACGAGGUCGAUCUCCGCGUUGUCGACUUGAACAAGGGCGGAAACUUUGAUCCAUCGUUUCUACGUCUCAACAACAAAGCAAUUGUUCCAACCUUGGUCGUUCCACUCCAGAAAACACUCUCGGUGGCCGUGGAGAGUCGAUACAGAGCGAUCACUGAUAGCAAAGCUAUCAUUGAAUUUCUUGAUAAAUCUCGCUCACCGUGGUCGCAAACCCAUACAACAUCGCAAGCCCCGGCACCGUCAUUAACUCCAGCGACUAUCGCCUUUACAGAAACCUCAGCAGAAAUGAUAGAACUCAUUCAUACCGAAGAAGCCAAUCCAGAUAACCUCAGAUAUAUGAACGCUCGCGACGUGGACUCCUUGAGGAGCUUGGCUCGUGAAUUGCUCCCGGUGUUGCAUGCACGCAGAGAUGUCUUAUCCAAACACAUCUCCGAUGCUAAUAGUGGCACAAUCCAAGUUUCCGAGAAAGUUACGGCGUUCUGGAAGGAGAAACAGGCCGCAAUAGAAGUAUUAGUGGGGUUGUAUAAAAACGCAGAUAUUUCAGAAUCUGCUUUGGAGCCAGGAGAGAAGACUAAAAGAGCAGAGUACUUUGAAAUGGCGAAAUCCGCACGUGCCUCGCUCGGUCGUACCCUUCUUAGACUGGAGAAGGAUGUCAUCGGGCCCUUUGCUCUCGGGGACCAACUAUCAAUUGCGGAUAUGCAUCUCUCUUCAUGGUUGGCGAGGAUAGUCAAGCUUGCCGGAGGCGCGGCUACAGACGAUGGCAUCGCUGUGGUUGGGAGGCUGCAGCACUAUGUUGGAACAGAUUUCAAGCUGGGAGAAAAGAGCCGACUGUCCGAGUACUGGGAAGCGAUGAAGGGGAGGCCCAGUUGGAAUAAGGUGUAUGCAGAAGGCCUGCAUUGAAUGUUUCGUGUAUACUAUUGAACGUUAGUAAGAACGACUGUACGGCUUGGUCAGAUCUUCAAGUUGACAC